AUGAGCUCUUGCAGUCGGGCCUUGAGUUCGGGCCCGUGGCGCCCGCCGCUCUUCGAAUUCACGAACACCACCGUCGGCCACUCGGCCGGAUCCGCCUCCUCUUGCAGCCGGACCGCGGCGGCGGCGGCGGCCUCGCCGCCGCUCCUCUCCCGGAUCGCCUCCCUCAUGGCAAGCCGUAGGUACCCGGGGAUCGUGACCUUCCGCCGGAGCUCCUCCUUGUUGACCCGAACGCCGGCCAGCGUGAAGCCGCGGAGGGAGUCGAUCACCGACGUGCGGCCGGAGGCCGAGCUGCUGGUCGGCGCGCCGAAUUCGGUGAUGGGAGUUUAUUGUGGUGUAAAUGACGGGAACGCCCUGGACGGUUCGACCCAACCGCUCACGGCGAAUCGGUCUCGUUUUCGGCUUCUUUUUCUGCCGUCCUUAGUGGGGAACCUGGGAAGGAAUUUGAUAUAA